AUGGCUGUGACAGAGAAUGGCAGGCCGAUAGAGAACGUCAAGGAUAGGCCUAAUGGCCACCCCAUAGGCGGUACAGUCUCGAUCACGAAGAAGCCCGUUGUACCCAGAAAGAGCUGGGCUUCAUGGACCUUAAACAAUGUUGCCAGAUUGACCAUCUGGUAUGCUAUCCUCACUGUCCUCUUCCGCUGUCCCUCUGAUCCGGCCCUGCUUGCCGAUGCCUCGCCCCAAAUAUGCAAACCCUACCUCUCAGCUCGGGACUACGCGCAGCCCUACGUGCAGCCAUACUACGAUACUUAUGCUGGCCCCUACGUCGAGAGAGCCAGACCGUAUGCCGAGCAAGUCAACAAUAAAGCAAUCGGUCCGGCGACCACUAUAGUCAAGCGAAACUACGAGAAAUUCGCCGCUCCCCAAAUCGGCAAAGCCAAAACUUAUGUCCUUGCGCAAUGGGAGAAGUCGGCUGUCCCACAAAUCCAGCUGGCCCAGGUCCAGGCUGCCAAGUUAUACGAGUCCAACAUCGCUCCUCACGUCCAAAAGGCUUCUGAAGCUGCCGGCCCGUACUACAGUCAAGCAGUGAAUACAGCAGAAUCUGUCCACAAGGACCGCAUCGUACCUGCUCUAGACUACUCCAGACCAUUUGUGCAGCGAGCCUAUGCCAAUGGUCGGGAUUUUGUGCUCAACACUGCCUACCCACUCUCACGACAUGCUUGGUCAAACACCGUCAUUUUCAUCGACGGUACUCUCUGGCCUUUCCUCAAAGGAUUGUACAGCGAUAAUGUCCGUCCACAGCUCGUCAUGAUCAGUGAGCGCAUUGCUAAAUACCAAGAGAGCCGGAAGCUUCAUGCUGCCAUGGAAGAAGUCGAAUCGUCUCCUGCUGUCACUUCUGUUGCGGCCACCGCCGAUUCUGCCUCCCCAUCUGCAUCUACUGGUUCCACGGAUGCUGAUUUCGAUAAAAUCUUCGAGGAGGAAGAAGAAGAUACAACUACAGUUCCGGAGGCGAAAGGCUCCGCCACAGCACCGAAGCCUAAGCCCAUGGCUACGCGUGCAACGGAUGAGUCCGUCGCUCAGGACCUACGUACUUGGCAAGACAAAUUUGCUGCUGCAGCAGAUAAGGGCGCGGACGAUCUGCGUGAGCGGUCGAGCAGCAUUGCUACGGAGCUUUACAAGAGUGACAUCGAGGACCUUGGGCGAGGCCUCGAGACUGCCCUGCGAAAGACCAUUGAGAAUGAGCUGGACAAUGUCAAAGUCAAGAUUACCACAGUUGUCUCAAGCCUACCAGAAGACGCAGACUCAGAAGCUGAAAAGCACGCGGCAGAGGAUAUUGUCAAGGUCAUUCGCUCCUCCGGUCUAGAAAUCAAGGACAAGGCUAAAAAGGUGCGUGAUUGGGCUCAGAAAUUCGAGGUGAACAUCAACCACCGCCUCAGCACUGCGGCCUCUUCUACUCUCGAUGUGCUCGACGGCAUCCGAGAUCUUGGCCUUCAGGAGGUCGGAAUGCGCUGGGCUUGGAUGGACGGGAUCACCUACAAGCACUGGGCAAAGUAUCACGAGCUUAAGCAGCUCUUCAAGGAGUGGCGAACCGAACUCAGCGAUGUGGCCAUGAAUCAUCCUGAUGCCGUUGACGCAAGAAGAACCGCCACUCAACUUCUAGAGGAAAGCAUGGCCCUGACCGAAGACGCCGCCAAGGAACUCAUCAAGCUGAAGGAGGUGGCGAAAUGGAAGAUCCGUGCCCGCGACUCGACUGACGACUUUGAGCCACGCGCGAUGCCAGCUGCUGCUGUGUCCGCCGCUUCCAGUAUCGUGUCGGACUUCUCUGCUGGUGGCGCUGACUUUUUCGCUGACGGAGAGUCUAGCGUUGCCUCAGCUGCAUCCGACGCAACUGAAGCUGCCGACGAUGUUCUGUCUUCUGCAUCUUCCAUUGUUCUCGGUUCUAGCACAGGAUCGGUGGAAUCCUUCGCGUCCGAAGCAAGCGAUUCGGCAGGAGAUCUGGCAUCGAGCGCUUCAUCGGCCAUUCUGGGCACAAGCACUGAUAUCGUGUCUGGAGCAAGCAGUGCCGCGCAAGAUAUCUUGGAUGACGUCUCCAAAACGAUUCUGGAGUCGACUACAACUACUGAAACUCUCAGCUUGGGACUGGCAUCUGAUGCCGUAAGCGACGCCGCAGCCGAUCUGUCGUCGUCGGCCGGGGAGGGUGUCGAAAGUGCCUCGUCUGCGAUUCUCGGCUCGACCGGCGUUGUGGACAAUGCUGCGUCCAGUGCCUCCUCCGUUGUGCUGGGCAGUACCGGCGCCGGCGAACAAAUUCUCUCCUCCGCCUCCAGUGUGGGAGAUGAGAUUUCGGAGUCUGUCGCCGAGGCCGUCCACGAAGCAACGGCUGCUGAACCCAUAUCUUCGGCUUCUUCGGUGCUCGACGAUACCGUCGAAGACACUACUGACUCUGCAAGCUCUGUUGCAUCCCAAGCUUCCUCCAAGGUUUGGGGUGGUGCCAUGGCUCAGGAGGUCAAAGGUCAAAUUCCUGUCCUCGAUGAUUUUUUCGAUGAGAGCGAAGAUGAUUCCUUCUCUGAGCGGGCUCAGAGCAUCUUCAAUGAUGCCGGCGGUAAAUAUGCCGAGGUAACCAGAGCUGUCAGCGAGGCUCUGUAUGGCACGCCGCAAGGCACAGUCGACAGCGUCACUUCUGUGGCUGGAGAAAAGUACUCCAGUGCUCUUCUUGCAGCAUCCAAGGCUUUAUACGGUGAGCCUCAAGGCACUGCUGAAAGUGUGGCUAGCAUUGCUACGGACAAGUAUAAUGAGGCAGUCGCGGCAGCAAAGGCGGCUGUCUAUGGUACACCAACUCCGGCCCUGGAAUCAGCAUUGGAGUCUAUGAAGGCACGCGCCAGCUCUGCUUACUCGGACGCAGUAUCGCAGGCAAAGGAACGCUACGAUGAAGGAAUGGCGAUUGCUUCUGACCAGAUCGUGGGUACUACUAAACCAGUCCAUGAGAAGAUGUUCUCCGCCAUUCAAUCUGCCUGGGAUGGGUCGCAAGCGGACGCAUCAUCCCGUCUGGAUGCUGCUUUAUCGGGUGCGUCAUCUCAGUAUUCGGCACUGAGUAGCCAGAUGGCUCAAACGCAAGGACCUCUCGCUUCGAUUUCUUCCGUCGCAUCCUCGAGACUUCAAGAUGCUUUGAGUGCCGCAUCGGACCAGUAUUCAAGUGCUAAAACGGCCGUUGGUGCCACACCUACGCCUGUACACCAGCAGUAUUUGAAUUCGGCACGUCGAAGCUACUACGAAGCAGUUGGUUAUGCACACGAGCAAUACUCCGACUUUCUGAAUGAAGCAUCCGUUGCAGUAUACGGUACGCCUACACCAGCUAUCAACAGCUUCGCAAGUGCCGCUUCCGAGGCUGUCUAUGGCACACCUGCGCCUGCAUACCAGCAAGCUCUCGACGCCGCGUCAUCCUCCUAUGCUGCUGCCACCUCGGCGGCUGCGGCUAAUAUGGCAUCGCUUCUGGGUGCCGCGUCCUCAGCCGUCGGUGCCACAACAAAGUCCCCGGCUCAGAGUGUUCUAGACGAGAUCAAUUCCCAAUAUGAUGUCGCUAUUUCAGCAGCCUCUGCGUCGUUGUCGGAGGCCAGCUACGCUGCCAGUACGGCUAUUUACGGUGCUCCUAGUGGUUCCGUUGAAUCCGUUUCCAAAGUUGCGGCAGAGAACUGGGCCGCUCUUGUCUCCAGGGCCAGCGAGCAGAUAUAUGCGACGCCCAAGCCCUUCUACGAAGAGUGGGCUUCGUCCGCCGAUGACUACUAUCAAGAUGCGCUAUCGCAGGCUGGUGGUGCAUAUGAGAAUGCUGCCUCUCAGGCUGGAGAUUACGGUGCGCAAAUCACCGGCGUCGCCAGCGAUCAAUACGCUGCGGUGCAGGCUUAUGUGUCGGAGCUCAUCCACGGUCGGGAGCCUGACUUUACCGAAUCUGUCAUGAACCGCCUUCAAUCCGUCUACUACACAGGACUGGCCGUGAUUCCGUCGCAAGCCUCAAGCUUUGCAAGCGAAGCCUAUGAUUCGGCGUCAUCGGUUGCGUCGUCCGUAUCUUCGGUGGCUUCGGAGUACUUCAGUCCUCCUCCAGAGUACACUGCUGCGUUGGACUCAUUUCAAGCACAGGUUGACUCUGUAGUCGCCGCAGCAAGCGUGCAGAUUUAUGGUACCAGCAAGGGCACCCUGGAGCAAGCUUCUGAAGCCGUUGCUGACUCGUACAAAUCGGCGAGCUCUGUCGCCAGUGAGGCCAUUUACGGUACGGAGGCUGGUUAUGCCGAGCAAGCAAGCAGUGCUGUCGGCGAUGCUGCAAGCAGUGCUCAGGAAGCUAUCUCAAUUGCCAUCUUUGGAACACCAACCGGUUCUGUUGAGAGUGUCACGAAUGCUGCUGCCGAGCAGUUUACAUCGGCCACUCAAGUCGUGGGUGAGAACAUUGAAGCUGCUCAGUCUGUGGUCGGCUCCGCGGCUCAAGACGUUGGGGCCAAAGUGAGCGAACUGUUAUAUGGACCCGAACAAGGAGCAAUUGAAAGCGCCCAGUCCCGAAUCUCCGAAGCCGUCGAAAGCGCUAGGAGUGCUGUUGCAUCGAUGGCCAGUGACGCGGCCGAAGGAGGUUCCGGGGUCGUGGACGCUAUCUCGAGCACCUUUGACGAGGCUGCCAGUGUCGUGAGCAGCACCAUCAGCGCCGCCACCGGCGCCAUCAAGGACGAAUUGUGA